GAUGGGCGCCUCGGCGGCGGCAGAGCGGCGGCGGCGGCGGCGGCGGGGGAAGCUGCUGCGGGGGCAGCUGGGCGCCCUGGCCGCCCUGGCCCUGCUGCUGGCCGGCUGCGCGGCCGGCCGCGGCGGUUAUGAUGCCCUGAGCUACUCUGUGGAAAGUAAUGACAAAUGGAGCGGGAGACAGCUACUGCAAGCAAAUGAGAACACGACUGACGUCCCAGAGGAUGGGGGGCAGCCAUAUGUCAGAAAUUGCACUGAACCAGCUCUCCAUGAAUUCCCCAAUGACAUCUUCACGAAUGAGGACAGGAGACACGGAGCUGUGGUCCUGCACGUCCUUUGUGCCGUAUAUAUGUUCUAUGCUUUGGCAAUUGUCUGCGAUGACUUCUUUGUCCCUUCAUUGGAAAAGAUUUGUGAACGCUUGCAUCUUAGCGAAGAUGUGGCUGGGGCAACUUUCAUGGCAGCGGGAAGCUCUGCUCCUGAGUUGUUUACAUCUGUCAUAGGUGUUUUUAUCACAAAAGGAGACGUAGGCGUUGGAACCAUCGUAGGCUCGGCUGUAUUUAACAUUCUCUGUAUUAUUGGCGUGUGUGGGCUUUUUGCAGGACAGGUCGUUGCACUGUCAUCGUGGAGUCUCUUGAGAGAUUCAAUCUACUAUACACUGUCUGUUGUUGCACUCAUUGUGUUUAUUUAUGAUGAAAAAGUCUCCUGGUGGGAGUCCUUAGUCUUAGUGCUGAUGUAUGUCAUCUACAUCGUUAUCAUGAAGUACAACUCAACCAUACAUCACUGCUUUGAAAGGAAGACAAAAAACUCUGCAAAUAUGGUGAAUGGUUUAGCAAGUAACACGGAAAUGGAUGAUAACAGCAACUGCGAUGCCACAGUGGUGUUACUAAAGAAAGGUAACUGUUCCAGAAAUUUCCACCGUAAAGCCUCAGUGAUCAUGGUGGAUGAGCUGCUGUCUGCCUACCCACACCAGCUUUCAUUUUCUGAGGCUGGGCUCCGGAUCAUGAUAACCAGCCACUUCCCUCCCAAAACACGUCUCUCCAUGGCCAGCCGCAUGUUAAUCAAUGAGAGACAAAGGCUGAUCAACAGCAGGACUUACACCAAUGGUGAGUCAGAAGUAGCAAUCAAAAUACCUAUCAAGCACGUGGUUGAGAAUGGAACGGGCCCCAGCAACUCCGCUGAGCGGGGCGUGAAUGGCACACGGCGAGAUGAAGACAUGGCUGAGGCUGGGAACGAGACAGAGAACGAGAAUGAGGAUAACGAGAACAACGAAAAUGAUGAGGAAGAGGAAGAUGAUGAUGAUGAUGAUGAUGACCAUGAAGGGCCAUACACACCUUUUGACCUACCCACUGGCAAGAUAGAAAUCUUGAAGUGGCUCUUCACAUGGCCAUUGAGUUUUGUCCUGUACUUCACAGUGCCCAAUUGUAACAAACCCCACUUGGAAAAAUGGUUUAUGGUUACCUUUGCUUCUUCCACCCUCUGGAUUGCAGCUUUCUCCUACAUGAUGGUGUGGAUGGUGACAAUCAUUGGCUACACACUGGGAAUUCCAGAUGUGAUCAUGGGCAUCACUUUCUUGGCAGCUGGAACCAGUGUGCCAGACUGCAUGGCAAGCCUUAUCGUAGCAAGGCAAGGUAUGGGAGAUAUGGCUGUGUCCAACUCCAUCGGAAGCAAUGUUUUUGAUAUUUUAAUUGGCCUAGGCCUGCCGUGGGCUUUGCAGACUCUAGCAGUGAAUUAUGGAUCAUAUAUUCGGUUAAACAGCAGAGGACUUAUCUAUUCUGUUGGUCUCCUGCUGGCAUCUGUUUUUGUCACAGUUUUUGGCGUCCACAUGAACAAAUGGAAACUGGAUAAGAAGCUAGGGUGUGUGUGCCUUUCCCUUUACGGCAUCUUCCUGUGUUUCUCCAUCAUGACAGAAUUCAAUGUUUUCACUUUUGUGAACUUGCCAAUGUGCAGAGAUCACUAAUGCAGGUGGCAGACUGUCGGGAGGAACUUCCUUCUUACCUGUGCAAUACAAACCACGGCUGGCAUCUCCUGAAUGCGGUGCACCUCCAAGUCGUGAUGUAUAUCCUGUUCACUGUUCAUAGGACCCGUGGCCCCAUCUAGGUCUGCCCUCUCCCUGACCCCUCACAACCUGGAAAAAUCCUGCAUCGAUGUGAAGAUUAUUUUUUUCAACAUUCAUGUGGUUUCCUAGCUCAGUUUUUGAACAGUGUGACUGGGACUCUAGAUGAACUGGCUGCUAACUGGCGUCAAGCCAGGUAAAACUGGUCUGCUACAAUUCCUUCUUUUUUUAAGUUAUUUGAUGGAAGACUAAUCUAAUUUAUGACUUAAGACUAUUGCUACAAUGCAGAAGAGGGUACAUCAUACAGGGGCUGAUUUUAAGGAGAAUCAUGGGAAUUUUUUUGGUUGGUUUUGUUUUUGGUUUUUUUUUAGUUUUGUUUUGGGGGUUUUUUUGUUUUGUUUUUUUGUUGUUGGGUUUUUUUUUAAUUGCCAGAGAUCAAAGUCCUCUCUUGCAGCUUCUCCUUCUGAGUGCUGGGUCUCCUGUAACGAUCCAAAGGUCACAGGGCAGUGUAAUAUGGGAAUACAAUUCAAGGUACUCGGCAUAUGAAUGGAUUUACUGAGUAUUAAAAGAAGAUUGUCAAGGCAACAGAUGAUGACUUUUUACCAUAAAAAAUUAAUCUUGUACAGGUGUGAUGAGGAAUGCAAGGUAAAUGUGGAUUCAAAGGGUAAACACUGCUACCAUUUAACUACUAAUGUUGGAGUUUUAUUACUAGGUUGUUUAUGGUUUUUCCAAGCAAUAGUUUGAUCGCCAGCCCAGGAGGGCUACCAAGGAGGUGUCCUGGUUUUUAAAGGCCUGCACGUCGAAAUGGAAGGUCAGAAUUUUCUCUGCUUCACCAGAUUUCUUGUUUUGGGGGGAUUCAAUAGUUCAUGUCUUAUUUGUUCUGAGAAGGACAUAAGUACGUGUUGGAACUUUUCUAAAUGAGUUACAGACACUGGUUUCUUUAAAAGGAAAGAGGCAUAUUUUGCACAGACAUAGUUACUGAAGUCAUAAUUUGCCACUCUUUAAAGAAUACACUGGACCUGGCCAGAUAUUUGUCGUCUUAAGCAGUUGAACUUACCUGAUAACAGAUCAUGUGGAUUCAUCACCCUUCCUUUGGGAGGGAGGAAGACACAGAGAGAUGGCACUUUUUAAAAUGUGGAAUAUCUUCAAUGCAGACUCGCUCACAGAUCUUAAGUUAUUGUGAAAGUUUAGCUAUUCAUUGUUCCAAUAUCCCUGCUAGAUUUUGUAUACUUCUGUAUUAAUAUCCGGGCAGAUUGCACCCCAUGAGAAACACCAUCACAGCUUCAUUUGUAUGUAUUGAUACUGUGGAUUCUUGCCAGUGCUGGCUCUUGUAUUUACUUUAAGCACUGAUCACUUCUGAUUCAUUUGGUAUGUUUUUUCCUCUUUCUUGUAUACGUUCUACUAUGAAAUGUAUUAAGAUACUACCAGCUAGGUGAAUGUUUUUGUCUAUGGUUCAAACAGUGGCAAAUAAUGGUAGUAAAGGCACAGCAAACCCUACAUAAAAGAAAGGGAAAAAAAAAAAAAAAAAACAAAAUGCCAAAUACUAAGCUAUAGCAGGAAAAAAACCUCCCAACUCAAAAAAAAAAAAAAAAAAAAAAAAAAAGCCCCAUUCACAGACAGAAAGCCAAUUUUUAUUUCAUUUGCACUUUUGGAAAUUAUUUUUUGGUUUAAUUUUCUUUGGGGAAAAUGUUGUAAAUCAAAAUAUUUACACCCUGUGGUUUCCAUUCAGCUCAGCACCUGGUUUUCUUUCUUUGUUACACUAAAUGUGUGGAGGCGCUGGCAGCUGUUGCACUGUGCGUGUCAAAGCCCAGCAGAAAAAGCUGUGUACCGCUGGGUUCGGUGAACAAAGUGUGCUUGUGGAUCCCUGGCAAGAAGAAGGAAGGGUCCAGGGACAGGUAGUAGAGAGAGUCAAUGACAUGCCUGCAUCAUUGUUUUUCAUUCUGGAAAACAAUUGUGUUGCUACUUGUUGAGCUAUGCAACCUGUUGUUUGAGCAGCCUUCUUGUAACUAUGCCUGCUGGAAGUCCUCUUGCAUUAGGAAGCCCACUGUACCUUCCUGUUGUUUUUUUUGUUGCUGUUGUUUCUUUUUCUGUUGUUGUUAAUGAGAUUAAUAAUAAUAAUAACAAUCACUAAAAUGCCUAAAAUACUUCCUUAAAUCAAACAAUGUUAGCAACAAUGUGGCAUACUUCACUAAAAUCCACCCCACAAACACACCACUAUACUCUCGUAGCAAGAUGCAGUUGCUCCUAAGCAGAGUGUUUCCUUGCUGACAGAAGGGACAGAUUUGGGGAAGGGAAAAAAAAAAAAAAAAAAAAGAGAAGUUUCACAUCAGGGCCUAUUAUUACUUCUAUUUUGAAUAUUUAUACUGCUGCUCCAAUGGAGCCAGUUGGAUCUAUUUCUACGAAAUAGCCAUUACCUAUCCCGUGGCACAAAAACUGCAUGAGUAUUUUUUAGGAACUUUUCCUAUUGGUGUGCAUUAAAUACUGUAGUAUAUCGUAGCUUUGCAUUGUGUGUAAAACCUGAAAUACCUUGUUUUGACA